AUGAGCUCAUGUUCGUUGACCGACUCGAUUCUCGCCUAUAUUGUAUGUGUGGCUCGCGAGCUGGCCUGUUUCGCACUCGGCAUCGCUUGUUCUACGUUGGAAUCGGAGGAGGAGGAGGCGGGCGGCGCCAUCGGAAUCGGCAGCAGUAGUAGAAGCGCCUACGAAAUAGCACUGUUUGGCGGAGAGAUUGCGUGCGCCGCCGCCUCAGCCGCAGAGACGACUUAUUACCGUCGAGAAGGAGGAGGUGGAGGAGACCCCACCUACAGAACCACGCCCACGCAAAAAGGCGGACUCUUGUCUUCUUCUGCGACUUCUUCUUCUUCUUCUUCUUCUUCGUCGUCUUUUUCGUCGUUUCGAACAACUACUACUACUACACCACACGCGUGCGACACCUGUGAUUCGUACGUUUGGCAUGCGACAGCGUGUCUAGCCACUCUAUCACUUUUACUAUUCGGCAUCGCCACAACUCUGACCAUGUUCAAAGUGGUGCGGAGCUAUUCGAAAAAGGCGGAACGCAAGUCGGAAAGCUCGCGAGCCGCCAGUCAAGCCUCGCAGCAACACCAAGCAAUUUCCGGAGGCGGCGGCGGCGGCGGAAGUCAGUAUUAUGAAGAAUAUCAUCGAAGCGGAGGAGCUGGAGGUGGAGCCAACGGAUCCGUGCUCAACGGGAACGGAUAUCAUCAUUCGGUGGCCGGCGGCAACGGACAGCUUCUGCAUCAGGCGGACAACCGACACCUCGCGAACGCCUACCAAACACACCAUGCUGGCGGCGGAUUCUCGGAGAGCUCCUCCUACGAGACGCGCGAGCAUUUUGAGCGAAAAGUGCAACGUGUGAAGAAAACACGUGGCGAGCGGGAACGCUCACGAUCGAUGAGGAGAGACGAGGUCAGUUUUGGGAUUCUGUGCUUCUUCCUGUGAAAAAUCAGUCCGAAACGGUGUAUUUUCCGUGCUGUGCGAAAAAAUUGCGGAUGCUACAACGUCUACAUUACAUCCUUCCUCUUUAGUUUUCUUCUAUUUUCCUUCAGGACUUCUCAAAAAAACUGAACUUUUUCUCAGACCAAAUUCGGUGCAAUUUUGAUUUUCCAUUCCUCUGUAGGCUUCCUGACACUUUUGAUAUUGUCAUCAUAUCGUCUUCCAAUCGGUUCGCGGUCAAGACGACCCCGAACCUUUAGCAGAUAUCAAUCUAUUGAUGAAUUCAUCAUUAGAAGAUAUAACCUUGUCCCCUCCAUUCCGAUCACACUCACGCACACACACAGGUAUACAUAAAAGUUGCAUAUAUUCCAUUCGGAGGAGGCGAAUCGAAUGAAUUCGAAUUAGAUUCACAUUUGCGAGACGGCUACAGAGUGAGAGAGAGAGAGAGAGAGAGAGAGAAGAUGAAAUCGAGAGCGAUUUUAUGAGAGAAUCCGGGCUGAGCGAGGAGGAAUUGUGGAACGGUUUUCAAUUUCACAAUUGGCCGUGUUCAAUCGGAUUGUCGCGAAAAAAGUGAUUCUCGCGAGCGAGAAGACGAUUCAUAGAUCGAACUGGUUUCUUCUUCCUGUUGGGGCAUGGAAUGGCAAAAAUGUCGCCGCUCAAUUUCAGCAUGAUUGAUUUGAUAGUGAUAGUGACAAGAAGAGAGAACUCUAGUUCUUCUCCUUCUUCUUCAUUCCAUUUGAAUUCACGAGGAGAGAGAGAGAGAGAGAGAGAAAUGAUGAGAAGGAGAAGAACCACACCCAAAAAUGUUUUUGCUUUUUGUAGAGAGAUGAUAUUGAGAUUUGAUUGGCAAACGAAAUGAUUUUUGCGGGAGAGAACACACCCAAAGCGGGGUUCGAGGACGUUUUGCAACCACAAACACUGUAAAAUGUUCGGUUUUCCAUUUCGCAACCGAAGCGGAGCAUUUUGACGAAUUUGUCCAUUUCGCAACCGCGCACAGCCUGAAACCGCCAUCCCUGACUGGUUUCAAGUUGGCAGCAGCAAAAAAGGAACACAAAGGCAUUGGGAAUCGCGAAUGUUUCCUCACUUUUUUCCCUUCCUCUCCUACCGCUUUUGUGUAUGCACAGCAGAUACAUGUGCGUGCGCGGGCACUGCUUUGACACAAAAGUGAAUCACCGAUCGACAGAAGGGGACUACCUGAAACCUACCCGCAACGAGUCAACAUACACGCGAAAUGAGCAAUUUCACCUCAAAAAUGCGCUUAUUUGCCUUUUGGCCCACUCGUUUUGACCGUACACGGCUAGAAAUGCGCUUUUGUGUUUGUGUGAAUUUGAGGGGCUUUCCCUGAUUUGACAACAAAAUUAACAUGGAAAUUGAUAAUCUGCUCGAAGAAAAUUGAGGGAAAACGACAAUAUUCUCUGUUUCAGGUCUCCGAAGCGUUACAUGGAAGCGAUGCGACAUCGGCGCGCGACGCACUGCUUCAAUGGGCGCGAAAGGUGAGCGAUUUGAGGAAUUUGCCUGAAAAAUCUGAAAAAUUGAGCCUUUGAAGCUAUCUGGAGGUUUAAGAAAGCUUCUAGAGGGUCUUCGACGUGUCUGAAAGUUUCUGGAAGGCUUUGGGAGCUUCUAAAGAGUUUUAGAGGAUCCUAGAUGGAAAUGUAACAUUUCUAUGGAUUCUGGGAGGCUCUGGGAGCUCUUGGAUACCUUUUCAGUCAGUUUGGAGCUCUUAGUAGUUCCUGACAGCUUUUAGGAGCUUCUGCAAGCUUCGGGAAGCUUCCCACUAGUUCUGGAGCUCUAAAGUUGGUCCUAGAGCUCCUAGAGCUUCCAGAGCUUCAAAGAACCGCCUAGGCCUCUUGUUGAACGUUCCUGUCCCAUUUUUCAGUGGAAAAUAAUCUUUUCUAGUUCUUUCCCAACUAAAUUUCCGUUUUACAGGUGACCGCCGGUUAUCCUCGUGUGAACGUGAACAAUUUCUCGUCGUCGUGGCGCGACGGACUCGCGUUCAACGCGAUCCUUCACAGAUACAAACCCAAUGCGAUUGAUUGGAACAAGGUGAGUGUUUGAAAAGAAAGCCGACCAACCAGGACAAGGCGCCAUCAAUUAUCAUUUGGUGGUUUUAAGCAAGAAACCAGAAAUCAUCGUUUUUUUGCCUUCUUGGCAUGGUUGUGGCAAUGUAAUAAUUGUUGUCUUCUUCUUCUUCUUCUUUGCCCCCUUUUGGAAGGGGCGAAAGAUUUGUUGGUGAUAUAAACAUGAAUGAUAAAAUGAUUAGCGACGGGCGCCCCCGAUGAGAGAAGAAAUAGUGUGGCAUCUAGGCGAGAUUCUGAGUGGUUUCCUGUUGUUUCGACAAGAAAGAGAGAGAGAGAACGAGAUGGAGAAGAAGAAGAAGAAGAAGGCGUAAUGAGACAGGUCGGGCGCACUCGCAUGUAUACAGCCAAGCAGCGGGGCCAAUGAUGAUGUUUGUGUGAAAGGGUGCGCCCCACGCCGCAGCCGACACGACGACCUGUGAGACCGCAAUCGAGGAAGACGAUUGGAUUGGAAAAUAUUUGCAAACCGAGGGAUUAGGAAGGCGCCCAAGUGGCUGGCUGCUUUAGAAAUCGAGUUUUUUUGGAGGGGAGCCUGGAAUGUAGGAUUUGAGACCAUAGGAUGAGGAAAUUUGAGGGAAACGGUCUUAGGACAAGAAUUUGAGCUGGAAUUGGGGCUAGACAUGCAUUUUGAAAGUGUGAGACUGGUAGACUUGAAAAAUAUGGAAAAAUUGAUGAAAUUUGAUGGUUCUUGCAGAUCAGCGACGAAUCAGUCUCGAAUCGCGAACGCCUCGACAACGCGUUCGCAGCUGCCGAGCGUGAAUUCGGCGUGUCGCGUCUUCUCGAUGCCGAAGACGUGGACACGAAUAAUCCGGACGAGAAGUCGAUCAUCACGUACGUCUCGUCGCUCUACAAUGCUCUUCCCCAUCUGCCAGAGCUCAAUAGAGUGAGUUAUUCCGUCUUGAACCUAUAUUCAGAAGCCCUUUUGUCAUAGUCCAUAGUCGUUGUCCGGUGUCCUUUUAUGUGAUAACGCAAGCAAAUGUCCGAUGUCUUUUUUCUAUUUUCUUGUGAUUGUCCUCUUUCUAACUGAUGGUUGUAGCUGCAAAAAGUGCAAGAGGAGUACAUCGAGGAGGCGCACGAGUGGCGCGAGUGGGUCGAGCGGGCGACGGAGCUCGUCGACGAUCGGCUCCUCCAGGGCACCGCCUCCGAGCUCAUUUACGAGCUCCAACGCUUCCGUGACGACGAUUUGCCGCCGCGCGAGGAGCAGAAACGACGUCUGUGUCUCGUCUACGAGCAUCUGGAGAAGACGAUGCGCGCGACGGAACUGUUUGCGAUUCCCUACGAGCUGUCGGCGCCGGAGCUUCAACGCGCCUGGAAUCAGCUCGUCGAUUCGAUCGAGCGACGUUUCGAUGUGCUGGAAAGGCAUCGGGUGCAGGAGGUGAUAUAUGUGAACACACUAACACUUUUAUGUUUGCUCGAAAACGGCAUGAAAAUUGGAGUUGACAAAGGGUUACAGCUGGUUUUUUGAGAAUUUUUGAUGGAAAAUUCGGUCAAGUUGAAGUGGCUUGGUGCAAAUUUGAGUCCGAAUGAUUUAUCUGAUGAAUCCGAGUUUCUGGGAUUUAGGAUGAUUUAUUCGGGCUGAAACGUUCACUUAAGAUGCUAAUAACUAUUGGCUAAUCGAACAUUGCUCAAGUAGUUGCUGUGGCUCUUUUUAUGCUCUGAUCCAAAUCACAAAGCACCCAAUUAUCCCUCGAACCCCCUCAAACCUGAGUUUUUCUUCAAUCUUCAUCAAUCUGAUUCUUUUAGGGAAACGCCAACGACAUCAUCAGCCGUCUCGAGCGCGGCAUAGGCAUCACCAACGAGAAGCUCGAUCUGAUUCUGAAGAGAAUCGAAGACGUCGAGGCUCGCGUCGACACGUCGCCACCGGCGGCCGUCGAACGCACCGUCCGUGACAUCAUCGACGAUCUCGACGUGCUCAAAAACCCGAUCGCCGGCUUCUUCGAGGACGUCGAGGAGCUGAAGCGGAUUCCGCACGAGCGAGCCGACGAGUACUACCGCCUCGUCUACGGACUCGAGCAACGCCGAACCGCCUACCUCGACAGGCUGUCGAACCAGAUCCUCGUGCGUCUUGGCGUCCGCACCGACACGCUGAGCAAAGAGACGGCGCAACGACUGGAGAACAUUCGGCAGACGUCGUUCCGGCGUGUGGAGGAGUGCAUCGAGUGGGUGCGCGUGCGGCUCGAGAAGCUGACGACGAUGGAGUUCCUCGAGGACCUGGAGACAAUGGAGCACGUGUUCGAACAGCACAAGCUCGACAAUCGCGACAUUCAGGACUUCCAGCAGAACGUGGCCGAGUGCAUCGCUCGUCAGUCGGAGGUGGCCGCCGAGGACACCGAGGAGUACUGCCAGUUGCUCGCGAUCCUAGAGAGCGAGUACAAGCAGCUGAGAGAUCUGUCCGCGGGAAGAAUGCUCGAUUUGGACACGCUGAUCGCCUUUAUCCGUGCCUCGCAACUCGAACUCAUCUGGGUGUCGGAGCGCGAGCAGAUCGAGGUGACCCGCAACUGGAGCGACAUCAAACAACUCGACUUGCCGAUGCUCACCAACUACUACAAACAGCUGCUGCACGAGAUGGAACUGCGCGAGCAGGGCUACAACGAUGUGCACAAUCAGGGAGCGGCGCUGCUGAAUCAGGGACAUCCGGCCGUCCGCGUCAUUGAGAUCUACCUGAAGACGAUGCAAAACCAGUGGGACUGGCUGUUGGCGCUGUCGAAGUGCCUCGAAGAGCAUCUCCGCGACGCGCUCAACCUCAAGUCGUUCAUGGAAGAGGCGUCGGACGCGGAGGCGUGGAUCGAAGAGCAAGCGGCUCGUCUCGAGAACAACUACAACCGGACGGACUUUUCGCUCGAGGAGGGCGAGCGGUUCUUGCGCGAGCUCGACGAGAUCAAGGACAUUCUCAACAAGUACCACCAGGUGCUCAUGGCGCUCACCGAACGAUGCGCGAGCAUUUCGCCACUCUGGCAACGCGGCGAACGCAUUCCGCAUCCGAUCAACGUGACGGCGCUGUGCGACUACGCCGAUCAGAACAUUACGAUCAAGGCGGGCGACGACGUCGUGCUGCUCGACAACUCGGAUCUCAUCAAAUGGACGGUCCGCGAUCUGUCGGGCGUCGAAGGACAAGUGCCGUCGGUCGUGUUCCGUAUCCCACCGCCGGACGCCCGUCUCACCGCCUUCCUCAAUCGCCUCCUUCAACAGUUCGAGAAGCUCAAGAAGCUCUGGGACAAGAAGCACCGAAUGGUCCGCUUCAACAUGGUCCUCAACACGAUGAGAACAAUUCAGUGAGUGCCCAAUAAUAUGUUGUUUCGUUAUAAUUCCAUUUUGCAGAGGCUGGGACCUCGACACGUUCAACUCGAUCGAUCCGGACCAGCGUGACGCGAUCAUGAAGGCGUUGAACGACGACGCGAACAAACUGCUCAGCGAGCUCGAUCCCAAUGAUCCGCUGGCUCUGCGCCUGCGCGAAGAGCUUCGCAAAACGAACGAGCACUUUUGGAAUCUGCUCAACGCGAGCCAAAAGCCGCCGGAGCCGGAUUGGGCGUCGCAGUACGAUCAGAAGAUGUCGGAGUUGCUGCGCAAACUCGAAGAGGCGUGGCGCCGUCUGAACGACGCCGUCGGAAAACCGGUGUCGCGUACGCCCGAAGAGCUCGAACGCGUGAUCCACGAGCACAAACGAUUCGAGGACGCCCUGCAGGCGCUGGACGGAGACGUGGCGAACGUGAAGGAGCUGUUCCGUCAGCUGCCGAAUCCGACGCCGUCGCAACGAGCCAAUCACGACCGUCUCAACGGACUCUGGGACGAUUUGUGGGACUUGUCGAGGAUGUACGUCGAGCGAAUCAAGGUAAUUUCCUGUUUUUUGGAUAAAAAUUGGCCACAAACCGAGGAUUUUCAGGUUCUUGAGUCGGUUCUGAAUGGCAUGGUCGAAGUGGCGGACAUCGUGAAGCAGCACGAGAUAACGUUGAACUCAUUCGACGAUCUGCCGGCUGCGCUCGACAAACUGCGAGGACACCACUCGCAGUUGCUCGAGAUUAACAUGGUGCUCAAGGUAGGCCGUAUUUUUUUUUUUGAAAACUUCCGCCCGAAUAGACUAUUCGAUCUAAGUUUCCCACUGAAACUAUAUUUUUUGCAGCAACAACAAACGGUCAUCGACCAACUCAACCGGAACGUGGCACUUCUCCGUCAGCACGUUGCCAGAACCCGCAUCAAUGAGGGACAGUGAGUCGAUUCUUUUGCUUUUUGCUCGCCAUUCUAAUUUUUGCCAAUUUGCAGCCAUCCCGACGUGGAUGUGAUCGAGAACGAAGUGCAACGCCUCAACGUCCGAUGGGAGAAUGUGAAUUCGCAAGUCGCCGAACGUCUUCUGGCGGUCGAACGCGCCCUCCAAAUCCAAAUGGUCUACCGCAGCGAGUACACGACCGAGAUGAAGUGGUUGGACACGGUCGAGGAGACGAUCAACCGCCUCCGCAAACCGGAAGAACUCCGCCCGGAACAAUAUCAGCAGCAGCUCGACACGCUCAUCGCCGAGUACUCGAAUCUGCAGGAGCACACGCAGGCGAUCGAGAACGUCAACAAGGAGGGCGGACGGUUCAUCCACGAGGCGAAGGGAUUCGACGGACGGCUCGGCGCCUACGCCGACUCGAUCGUUGGAAUUCACGGACCCGAAGUGCGCGGACAGUUCCGUCGGACCAAGCCACAGCCGAAGAACGGAGCACAGAUUGUCACCGAGGAGCUCGAGGUGAGACAGCGAAUUUUUAGUUGUAUUCGAGCUGAAGAAAAGCGAUUUGCGCGGCAAAAGAGAGAGAGAGAGAGACGCAGACGCGAAACACAAAAAUCCAUGCUGUUUUUCUUUCCAGAUCCAUGAAAUUUCCUAAAAUUUGCAGCUCCUCAACCGCCGUUUCGCCCAACUCAGCUCGCUGAUUCUGGAGCGUCGCAACACGAUGCAAGUGCUCAUUCAGAACUGGAAACGUCAGAAGCAGGUCAGUCCAUCGAUCACUUUUUCGGUCCUCUUUUCCCCGCAAUUCUCUGUUCACUUUUUAGAAGACAUUCUCUGUUAGGCCUCUCCUUGUCAUUACUAGAAAAUCACGGGUUUGUAGUACGGUAUACGGGAGCACUAUCUGCUUUUGUCGGGUAUUCAAACACUGUAGGCGUUGAGCGAAUUGGUGAUAGUCAACUUUAACCCCUAAAUGUUAGGCGUAGACUGUAGAAAAGUAGAAAUUUAUGUUAAUUUCCCAAGUCUUCAGCUCUUUCUCUUUCAUUGCUCACGUCAUUUCUCUCAUUUCUAACCCCAAAAAUCGAAUUCAGCACCACGCCAGCACACUGAUUUUUACGUUCUACCCCUCUCAAAUAACAAUUUAGCCUAUAAAUCUUGACCCCCUCUGAGUUUUUCACCACCCAAAAAAAAACCGCGAAUAACACAAGCCCCACUCCCGCCCACUCAAUCAGUUUUUCAGCAGCUUUUCAGUUUUUUGUGUUCUUCAACAGCAAACACAUCACCACCGCCAUCACCGCUUUUUUUUUAAAGAAAAAUGUGAAAAAAAUGCACCACCAAAAAUUAUGUGUACGAUCAGAAGAAUUCAGUAAAAGAUCGGUGAAAAGAUCUCCCCGAAUACUGGGGCGGUCUUUUGUAUGAAAAAUGAUGAUCAGUCGAGACUAAAAAAUAACCUGACAAUAUCUGUUCCAAUCCAAUUCAAUCCAUUUCAACGAGCGUCGCCAGCGGUCCGAAAACCGUGAAAGGUAAGAAAUGUGUGUGUUUUAAUGUUAAAACAGGUCGCCGAGAGGAUUCUUCCGAUAUUAUCCGAGUUGCAGAGUGUGUGUGUGUGUGUGUGUGCCCCGCCCACUUUCUUCCCGUUUCUCUUAACUUUUGUCUCAUUAUCAUUCGUCAUCAUCAUCUCCCCAUUCCACUGUUUCCUCGCGUGUUCUUCUGAAAAUAAUUGCAGUUUGAUGUGAACUUUUAAUUGCCGAAUAAUCCCUGCCUCUUUUUGUUUUCAUCUAAUAUCGAAAUGCGAUUGCGCCGUCUUUUGACCGAAUUUUGAGCUUGCUAAACGAAUUGUGCACAGUUUUGACGUUCCCGACGAAUUCUGGCCACUUUUGAACAUUCCAGAUAAGUUUUGAAUAAUUUUGACGUUUCUGAACACGUUUUCGUAAAUUUCGACCUUUCUAGGCUAUUUAGUCUUCGUUCUAGGCGUUUUUGUGUGUCCAAACUAGUUCGAUCAAUUUUUAGCUUACUUGAAUCUUUUCCAACGAGCUUGGUUCGCGCUGAGCUCAGUUUCACCUCUCUGAACAAAAUUCGCCGCAAAGUUGUCUCACUUCCAACCAAAAACAACAAAAACUGCUCUUUUUGAGCAAGCUCAAAAGUCGACCCGCGCAAAAAGCGUUGCACCUCCGAAAUUUCUCACAAUCAAUCUCUCAUUUUCUCCUAAUUUCUCAUCAAUGUACGUGUAUGCGUGUGUGUUCAUGUGCUCAGUUUCGAACGAAGAAACGGUUUAGUUUGUGUCUGCUUUCCACUCACACCGCUGCUGCUUUUCAUGCCCGUGUCUUUUGUGUGUUUUCCUCGGUCUUGAAUUCGAUUUUUUUUUGUUGCAAAAUUUCAAAAUUUCCUCUCAAAAAACUUCUUGUCUAUAGUAGUCGUUCCUAGUUGUCCUCCUACAGUAACCCGCUCUCUAUGUUAUUCUUCUUCUUUGUCUUCUUCUUCUUCUUCUUCUUCUUCUUCUUCUCUGUGUGCGUGUGUGUGUGUGCAUCUAAACCAAAGUGUGUGCCCCCACUAUUCUCGGUUCUUCACAGGAGGAGGAGGAUCGCCGUCGUGCCGAAGAGGAGGAGAAGCGGCGAGCGUUCGAAGCGGCUCGCCUCAAAGCGCUCGAAGACGCGGAACGUCUCCGGCGAGAGCGUGAAGACGCGGAAGCACGUCGCCGCGCCAAAGACGAUGCGGAUCGUGCGCGACGACUCGCCGAAGAAGCGGAUCGUGCGCGUCGCGACGCGGAAGAUGCGGAACGUCGCCGACGCGAAGAAGAGGAACGGCGGCGGCGCGAGGCGGAAGAACGGAAGCGCCGCGAGGAUGAGGAUCGCGAGCGGAGACGACGUGAGGAGGAGGAGCGUCGGCGUCGCGAGGAGGAGGAGAGGAAUCGCAAGGUAGGCCAUACUCCUACAGCUCGAGAGCUUUUUGUUUUUCAUUUUUGAGUGCAGUGUGUGUGUGUGUGUGUGAUUUUUCACUAACCAGUAAUACAAAUCCCCGUUCCUCUUUCUCAACAUUGGGCAUUCUCUCUUCUUUGGUGAUGGUUUCUAGUAUUAGAAAUGCAUGGUUUUCCUUCAGAAGUUGUAUCAAUUACCAGUUUCUCAAUCCGACUGUUACUUUGCACGAUUCGACUUGGUGGUAGACUGUUUUUUUUUCGAUCCGGAGAGACUCUCCAGAUCGGCGAGAUUUGACCAAGAUUUGUGCAAAGUCACAACCCGAUUGAGCAAUUGAUAAUAAUAACGGUGUUGGGUCCAAGUUCCACCCCUCCCCCCAAAAACAAUUUCAAUUUUCAGAAGCCCGACAUUGACCUCAAAAUCCAAAAGCCCACGAUCAUUCUGGAGCCGCUGGUAACCGGGCAAGGAGACGAGUGGGAGACGGUCGACCCGAUCGGAGAUCGAGCCAAGGUCUCGGAGGUGGAGGACGAGAUGCAGACGUUCGCCGAGGAGACGAUCACGAACACGCAGUUCUAUGAGAUGGAGGGAAAUCUGAACAAAAAGACGGGCGAGGUUCUCACCUUCUUCGAGGCGAUCCGCCAGGGCAAUUUGACGGCCGCCGGCGAAUUCUUCGACGUUCCCUCCGCCUCGAUCAUGUCGCUCGAGGAGGCGGCCAAGUAUGGACUCGUCGAGCAGGACCUGCCCACCGUACUCAACACGCAACGCGGAAUCCAUCACCCGGACACACGCGAGCCCAUCACCCUCGCCGAAGCCAUCAAGAUCGGGCUCUACGACAGCAACAUUCGUCAGUUCCGCGACAUUCACACUGGCGAAAUCCUCUCGCAAUCGGAUCUGAUGUCCAAGGGCAUCGCCCGUAUGGAAACUGUCGUCAAGCUCAUCAAGGAGAAGAUUAUGAAGUUGCCGCCGACGCCGCUCGCCAGCGCCCUGGAGAAGCAGAUGCUGAACCCGGUGACGGGAGUCUUCAAGGGACGCCAUACCGAUAUGGAACUGCAGUUGUGGGCCGCCAUCUACCACGGCUACUUGUCGAUCGAGAACCCCGAACACGUGGCCACCAUUGGAAUCUCGCUGACCGACACGAUCGAAAACGGAUUCAUCAACGCGAACAACGCCGAAUUUGUCGACCGCAACACGCAGGACAAGUUCAACUUCCGCGAGGGAGUCUCCAAGAAGUCGGCGCUGAUCAACAAUGACGUUUUGGAAGUGGUCAAUACCAACGAAGGAAAGAGAGUGUCACUCGGAGCCGCCCUCGUUCGCAAUGUGAUUGGAGUCAAGGACGGAAAGUACACGGAUCUGCAGACUCGCCACAGCAUCUCCCUGAAAGAGGCCCAUCAGGAUGAGCUCAUCGGAAAGGCCCUGACUCUCGAAGAAGCCGCUCGCAAAGGGCUCGUCGACUCGACCGGACACUUUGUCGAUCGCGGAAUCAAGGGAAAACGCUACACGCUCCUCGAGGCCAUCGUCGCCGGUCUUCUGGAUGCGGAAGUUCGUCACAUUGUGGAUCCGGAGGAGAACGACGUCAUCUCGAUCGCCGAAGCCCUUGAAAGAGGCCUUCUCCAUCCGAACGGAAAGAUUGUGCUCGAGAAGCAGGAGAAGGAGUUCACGAUUCCGGAAGCCGUUCAUGAAGGUCUUCUGACGAAGCGUGUCCGUCACACCAUUUUCAACAUCCGAGGCAUCCGCAACACAGAGACCGGACAUCAGCUGAGUUUCAACGAGGCCGUCGAAGCGGGCGCCAUCAUUCCGAACGCCGAGCGCGUCGUCGACCUGCAGACCCAGGAGAGCUUCCUGAUCACGGACGAGCGAGCGAAGAAUCUGAUCGAGGUGGCGCUUCACGAGCUUCUCACUACGCCGGUCGGCGUCAAGGACGAGCGAGGAAACUACGAGCUCAAUCUGGUCCGAGCCGUCUCCAAGGGAAUCAUCGAUCCGGUGAAGGGAGUGUUCUUCAACAAGAGCACCAAACAGGAGCUGUCGACCCGCGAAGCCUACGAGCACGGGCUCGUCAGCCUGCGUGGAGCGCUCAAGAUCUACGGACUGCUCAACGUGCCGCCGUCGCUCAUCACGCCCUCCAAGAAGAUCGACCGCAAGAAGCGCAUUUCGCGGCCCGGACAAGGAGGCUUCGAGGUAGGAGAGAACCAGGUCAAGGUGACGAUCGCCGAGGCCAUGAAGCAGGGACUCAUCGACUCGCGCACCCAACGAUUCCGCCAGGGCAACAUCAACGUGUCUCUGGACGAGGCGCUCAGCCAGGGACUCAUCGACCCGGCCAGCGAGUGGAUCGUGCCCGAUCGCAGCAAGGGCGUCGGACCGACGAUCGAGGAGCGGACGACGGAGACGAUGACGGAGACCGGACAGCAGCUGGCGCCCAAAUACUACCCGGACAAGAACAUUGAGGAGUCGGUGACGACUGUGAAGCGCGUCCGAACCACGGAGACGACCGCUCUCGGAGGACCCGGCGGAGUUUCGGUCUAUCGUUCGAUCACCGGAGGAAAAGGAGCCAUCGAGGUGCCGUCAACCGGCUAUCACAUCUACGAGGCCGAGCGGAAGGGACUCAUCGAUCUGACCAAUGGAAAGAUCUCGGCGCCGAAUGUCGAGAGAGUGCUCACCUUUGCCGAAGGAGUGGAGCUCGGAAUCAUCGACGCCACUUCUAUUCAAGUACAGGAUCCACGCACCGGACGUCACGUUGGAGUCAAGGAGGCGCUCGAGAAGAAGCUGAUCGAGUCGGACGGAUCUAUCAACGGUCGCAGCAUCGAGAAGUCGAUUGAGAACAAGCAGAUCAUCAUUGACGCCGAGCCGCUCGUGCCCUACAACAACCAGUCGAAGAACAUCAUCCAGAUCCCGGCCGGCAAUGGACCGAUCAUCAGUUUCCGUCAAGUCGGACAGCCGAUCGUCGAGGAAUCGACUCAAUCGUGGGAGUUUGACAGCCAUCAAGGAGUGCUCAUCGACAACACGACCGGCGAGAAGCUCACUCUUGAGAGAGCGCUCGCCACCGGAAAGUUGGCGCCUGAAGACAUUUCGGUUCGCGACGGACUCACCGGACGCGAAAUGACAUUCGAGGAGGCGGAGAAGUGGGGAAUCAUCGACUCGAAGAACCGCUAUUUCGUCGACAAGGCCCAGAACAAGCGGAUGUCGUACACGGAGGCCGCCCAGCAGCACUUCAUGUACCCGACCGGAGGAGUUCCGGAGAACGCGUCGGACGCCGUCCACACGACCGUCAAAGUGCAGACGCGGACCCAAGUUUCCAAGAAGGAGGCCCUCUCCAGCGGAGUUCCACUUUCGGAAGACUCGCUCGGAAAAGCGCUCGCCCUCGGAUGGUACGAUCAAUCUGCCGGAACCUUUACUCAUCCGGACACCCAGAAGAAGCUCACCCUGAAGGAGGCCAUCAUCAAGGGACUCUUCAACCCGUACGACACGACCAUCGUCGAUAAACGAUCUGGAAAGGAGCUGUCUCUUUUGGAAGCGAUCCACGAGGGAAUCGUCGACGACACCGCCGGAACUGUGAAGAACACGCAGACGGGAGAGGUGCACAACCUGCUGGAGGCCGGAAACUUGGGACUCGUCAAAGGAAAGAAUUUUGGAGACACCCUCGACUCGAGCCUCUUCUCUGGACGCCUCGACCUCGGAACUGGAAGCUACACCCGACCAUCUGGCGGAAGCAUGCCGAUCCAUGAGGCGAUCAGCCGCAACUACGUCGAUCAGAGCUCCGUCUCCGUGCGCGACCCGACCACCGGACACCAGUACUCGUACCAGGAAGCUGUCAACCGACGCAUCGUCGACCCGGACCGAGGACUCAUUCACGGACAGGAAGGCUCCGAAUCAACGAGCUUCUCGCAAGCGCUCACCACCGGACACCUCGUCUCGUCGGGAUCCGCUCAACGACCGACGUCGGGAAACCAGCAGAGACUCGUCGAACAACGCCUUCAGCUGACGCCCUUCGCGCCGUCGAACGGAGGACAACGCAGCCGUGAUGGACGCCACGAACUCGUCGAUCUCGGCGGCGGACAGCAAGUGCAAGUGAAAGUGGUCCGUGGAGAAGGAGGCGUCGAGAAGGGAGAGUACACGGAUCCAAAGUCGGGCAUGAAGUUCACGAUCCAAAUGCACGGAGAUCCAGUCGUCACUGAAACGAAGACAAGCGUCAAGUCGACCUCCCAAGUUCACUCUGUCGAGCUGGAGCCGCAUGCCGAGUUUGUCGGAAUCGAUCGAGUGCGGGACAAGCGCACGAACCGUGUCAUGACCCUGGAGGAGGCCCGCAAGCUCGGAAUCGCCAAGGUCGACAAGAAGGGGAAGCAGAUGACGAGAACCUACCAGGUCUUCCGCUCGAACAUCCAAAACGCUGUCAACAACGGAGUCAAGGACACGAACGACGAGAAGCUGAGCCUUGAGGAUGCGAUCCGCGCCGGACUCGUCGACAUUCGCAGCCUGACCUACCGCCAUCCGAAGGACGGAUCGAUUGAGCUGACGCAAGCCGCCAACCGUGGACUCAUCGACGUGACGCUUUCCGAGGUGUUGCCCAAGGGAAUCAUCCAUCCGGGAACCGGAGAGCGCAUCGACAUCAAGCGAGGAAUCGAGCUGCGCAUCAUUGACGCCCGCACCGGAGAGGUCCGCGAUCCGAGAAGCAACGAGCGCAUCACGUGGCUCGACAUUCUCAAGCCGGUCUACCAGGCGAUCGCCAGCGAGGGAGUGUUCGAUCCGACGAAAGGACACCACGUGCCAGUGACUUCGGCCCUCAACGACGGACUCAUCAACGCCGGCACCGGCAACUACAAGAACACGAUCACCGGAGAAGACGUGCCACUCAACGAGGCGGUCGAUCGGGGACUCAUCGAUCGAUCCACCUACGAGACCAUCACCAAGCCCUUCUUCACCGACUACCGAUCCAACCGAAAAUUGAACCUCGUCGAAGCUGUCCGCGAACGUCUCAUCGAUCCGAAGAACCGAACGAUUCAACUGUCGCGUCAGAGCAUUGUCCCGAUUGCGAAGGCUGUGCAGGACGGAAGAAUCCCGCUGGAGAUUGGAGAGAAGCUGCGGAGAGUGGACAAACUCAACUUUGCCGAAGCACUCGGAAAAGGAUUGAUCGACUCGAAGCAGAACAUCUUCACGGAUCCGGACACCGGGCGACAGAUGAGCAUUGCCCACGCGAUCGAGGAGGGAUUCAUCGACACUGGAAGUGUGCAGGGAAUCGAGGGAAACGACGACAGCAACCUGUUCAACGUGCUCAACUCGUCCGAUUUCGAUGAGAACUCUGGCCGCAUCUACGACAAGAAAUCGAGCCUUCAUCUGACGUUUGCCGACGCCGUCCACCGUGGUGUCAUCGACGGAGACUCGCUUCUUCACCUCCAGGCCUCUGGAGACCUCGUCACGCUCCGUGACGCCCUCCACCAGAACAAGAUCGACUCGAACGGAAAGUUUGUGGACGGAGGAAGCCGUCUCAAAUUGAGCGACGCCAUCAAAUCCGGACGCCUCACCGUCAUCGCCUCGCCGUCGGAAGCCGUCCAAGCAGUGACAGAGGGUGUGAAGCGACGCGACGCCGAAGGCUACAAGUUCAAGAUCACCGAGUACGAGGACGCGGAGAAGCAGCGGGCGAGUGUGCCAAAGUUCCGCGAGACUGUGACCGUCACGAAGCUCACGCCGCAAUACAACGAGCCGGGACUCUCGGUGCGGAUGCGUCAGAGCACCACGUCGAUCGGCGACCGCGCCAGCAAGUUCAUCGAGGAUCCGUCGCAGUUGGCCGAGAUUCAGCAGGACUUCCUCUCGAGCCUCGAAGCGUCGCAAUUCGACACCGACGCCCGAGUCAUUGAGAACCCGCAGACCGGCGAUCGAGUUUCAGUGCGUGAAGCCGCCGAGACCGGACUGCUCGACGUGCAGACCGGCGAGAUUGUGCACCCGGAGACGGGCCGACGCUACUCGAUUCCACGCGCCGUUCACAUGAAGCUGGUCGGAGGAGACGCGGCGAAACGCCUGAUGGAACAACUCAACGUGCCCGUCGAAGAGGUCGGAUUCGCCACGCAGACGAUCACCACGUCGACGCACUCGGCGCCGUCGCCAGUCUUCGCGACCGCAUCUGUUAGCCAUCAGCCAGCGACGUCUUCAACCGGCGGAACCACGACCCGCGAGUACACCCGGACCAUCAACUGGCACGGACAGCCGUCGGAGCUCCGCAACUCGAGCACGGAUCCGCUGGCCGCCUACACGACGGUCACCUCGAGCGAAUCGACCGAAGAGUGGCCGAAAAGACAGUAG